UUCACCUGCUCGGUGUGUCUGGACACCCUGACUGACCCUGUCACCAUCCUCUGUGGUCAUAAUUUCUGUCUAAAGUACUUAACCAACUACUGGGAUCAGAGCCAAGUGUGCAGCUGUCCUCAGUGCAGACACACCUUCACCACAAGGCCUGAGCUGAGCAGAAACACUCUACUGAAUGAAGUCAUCAAGAAAUUUAAGAAGACAACACUCAGUCCUCCUCAGUCUCAGAAUUAUGCCGGCCCUGAAGAUGUGAAGUUUGACUUCUGUACUGGGAAGAAGUUCAGAGCGGUGAAGUCCUGUCUAACCUGCAUAGCCUCCUACUGUUAGACUCACCUGCAGCCUCACUAUGAAGGAGACACCACAUGUUGGUUGAUUCUGCUAGAAAUCUGAAGGAGAAACUCUGUAAGAAACAUCAGAAAAGUCUGGAGAUGUUUUGUAAAACUGAUGAGAUGUGUAUCUGUGUGCUGUGUGGAAUAACUGAACAUGAUGGUCAUGAAAAGGUAGAGCUGGAGACGGAAAGAGAAGGAAAACAGAAACAGCUGGGGGGGACACUGAGUGAAAUUAGGAGGAGACUUGAAAAGAAAGAGAAGAAAAUGAAGGAGACGAGGAGGACAAUAGAACAGAUGAAGAUCUCUGUGGAAAGAGUGAUGGAGGAAUAUGAUAAGAACUUCACUGAUCUAAUACGGUGCAUUGAGGAAGCCCACAAGAAACUGACUGAGAAGACCAAAGAACAAGAAAAGAGAGAAAUGGAGAAGACUUAAGGAGUC